AUAACAUUGGACGUACGUGAGGAGUCUGGGUUUCGCCUUUUCGAGGGCAUCUUUGUUCGAUGGAUCAGCUAUGCACCUAUGGCUACGUCUUCCUGCACUAACCAAUAAGACGAGGCUAAUAGAUAUGAGUAAUAAUUAAUUAAUAUUGCGUGUGUGAUAGAUAUGGUGGAAUAGUAGAGUAGUAGUACGUCCUGAUGUGAUUAAACAGUGAGUGAGUGAGGCCUAGCCCUUAUUAGCAGCUGCUGCUGCUGCUUCAAUACCUACCUACAAUUCGUUCAUUCGUUAACGAUCUUUAAGCUUUCAUUUAAGCGCAGCUGGAUCGGAUCGGAUCGAUCUUUGAUAUCCGGGCGGCGAUGGAAGACCUCUGGGAAGACAUCAACCUCUCCUCCCUCCACCACUUGAAGCCCCCUGCCCCCCACGGCGUCGCUUUGCACGAAUUCUUAGGCCGACCCUUCGCCGCCCAAAACACUCCGCCGCCUCCCAGCCUCAGCCUAUGUAGCAAUGUCCCGGAGAUCCAUUUCUCCUGCGGACCAGCUGAUGCCCACACCUCUGUCUUGCCUCAUCUUUAUUCCGUUUCCCCUGAUGGCCGCCGAAUCGCUGCUUCAUCUCCGGUUUCCAGCGGCCGGAGGAAGAGGGUUCACCAAUCACCCAACACUCCCGCCGACCACAGGCAUAAGCGGAUGAUGAAGAACCGGGAAGCGGCCGCUCGCUCUAGAGCAAGAAAAGAGGCUCAUACAAGUGCGUUAGAGCAAGAAGUGAAACUCCUUUUGAAAGAGAAAUCUAAGCUCAUUGAAGAAUAUCAAGAGCUGCGUAUAGAGGCAGAUUCCCACAAAAACUGCAAGCUUUGCAGAACAUCAUCUGCUCCAUUCUGAAAAAUGACUGGAUCGAGUAAUCUCCGUCGUACGUCUACGGCAAGCAGCACAAUAACUGGCCGCCUAUAUUACUUAAAUUAGCAGCUCAAUGUAACUGAUCUAGGGGUCAACAAUUCUUCAACAGAAAUUUAACUGCAGUGGUAAUUGUUUGUUGACUAGCUCUAGCUAGUACCGGCUGUAGUUAAGGAGAUUGACCAUGACCCGUGGGAUGCAUGUGCACAUUUUUUUUCUUUUUGUAAAAGAGAAUAAUUUUUAGCAUCCAUAAUUUCUUUUGUCUAUGACAGAGACAAUAUUUUUUAAGUACUUCCUAUGAAAAACAGUUCUUUAAAAAUGAAAAAUUUGUUACCCGCCGUGUAACAAAUAAUUUCUAUAUAUUUG